CCGGUUCACCGUGGCCCGUCCUCCGGAACGGCGACGACCACGACGACGAUUGCUGCUCUUCGUGGCCACCACGGUACCGCGAGUCACCCGCACCGGCUUACCUGCUCGCCGAUCCGUUACGCUUUAUUCGCUUAGUCUUGAAGUUCAUCGUUCAGCGCGUGUCUCGCGCUCGCUCGCUCGCAAGUUCGUUCGUUCGGUCGGUCGGUCGCUCACUCGCUUGUCGUCGAGAGCCGAUUCCCCCGAGAAGGGACCGGAUAUGAGAAGCGAGCGGUUCGGAAUCGCCGCGUCGGAAGUGUUAUAGUGCCAGUGUUGUGCCCCUUAAUGGAGCGUGCCGCCGAUUCGUAGCCGAUCUCGUCGUGUUUCUCGUUACUCGCAACAGGCGGAGUGCCGACAACCACGACUUAAGAGAUGGUCAUCGUCACACGGGGGGAUUACAUAUGGAUCGAACCAAUCUCAGGAAGGGAAUUUGACGUCGCGAUCGGAGCGCGAGUAAUCUCGGCGGAAGGCAGGCGUAUUCAAGUAAAGGACGACGACAACAAGGAACAAUGGCUAACGCCGGAGAGACGGAUAAAGGCAAUGCAUGCCACCUCGGUGCAAGGCGUAGAAGAUAUGAUCAGUUUGGGAGACCUCCAUGAAGCGGGCAUCCUGCGAAAUCUAUUAAUACGUUACAAUGAGAAUCUCAUUUACACAUAUACGGGUUCCAUCUUGGUCGCUGUCAACCCAUAUCAAAUACUGCCUAUUUAUACCGCGGAGCAAAUCAAACUAUAUAAGGACCGUAAAAUUGGGGAGCUGCCGCCGCACAUAUUCGCCAUCGGUGAUAAUAGCUAUGCGCACAUGAACCGAUAUGGCCAAGAGCAGUGUAUAGUAAUUAGUGGCGAGAGCGGAGCGGGAAAGACAGAGAGUACGAAAUUAAUUUUACAAUAUUUAGCAGCAAUCAGCGGAAAACAUUCAUGGAUCGAACAACAGAUCUUGGAGGCGAAUCCGAUACUCGAAGCCUUUGGUAACGCGAAGACAGUGAGGAACGAUAACUCCUCUCGUUUCGGCAAGUAUAUCGAUAUCCACUUCAACGAACAUGGCGUGAUAGAAGGCGCCAAAAUAGAGCAGUAUCUUUUAGAGAAGUCGCGGAUUGUAUCGCAAAGCUCGGAUGAGAGGAAUUAUCACAUUUUUUACUGCAUGUUGGCUGGCCUUUCAAAGGAGGAAAAGCAGAAGCUCGAGCUCGACGAUGCAUCUACAUAUAAAUAUCUCACAGGAGGUGGCAGCAUUACUUGCGAAGGGCGGGACGACGCGGCCGAAUUCGCCGAUAUAAGAUCAGCUAUGAAGGUUUUACUAUUUUCCGACGUGGAAAUCUGGGAAGUGCUUAAAUUACUCGCUGCUUUGUUACAUAUGGGCAACAUAAAAUAUAGGGCUACUGUCGUAGAUAAUUUGGAUGCUACAGAAAUACCGGAACAAACGAAUGUGCAAAGGGUGGCAUAUCUGUUGGGAGUGCCAGUGCAGUCCUUAAUAGACGCGCUCACUCGCAGAACUAUAUUCGCGCACGGUGAGACAGUAGUUUCCACGUUGUCGAGGGAUCAGUCGGUCGAUAUCAGAGACGCCUUCGUGAAAGGCAUAUACGGUCGAUUAUUUAUACACAUUGUAAAGAAAAUUAACGAGGCCAUAUACAGACCGAAGAACAACUCCCGUAGCGCUAUAGGCGUACUGGAUAUCUUCGGCUUCGAGAAUUUCAAUCACAAUAGCUUCGAACAAUUCUGCAUCAAUUAUGCCAACGAGAAUCUCCAGCAGUUCUUCGUCCAACAUAUAUUCAAAUUGGAGCAAGAGGAGUACAAUCACGAGGGCAUCAAUUGGCAACAUAUCGAGUUCGUCGAUAAUCAGGAUGCUUUAGAUUUGAUAGCGAUCAAGCAGCUCAACAUCAUGGCACUUAUUGACGAGGAAUCGAAAUUUCCAAAAGGUACGGAUCAAACCAUGUUGGCGAAAAUCCACAAGACUCACGGCAGUCACAGGAAUUACUUGAAGCCUAAGUCGGACAUUAACACGUCCUUCGGCUUGAAUCACUUCGCUGGGGUGGUCUUUUAUGAUACAAGGAGUUUCUUGGAGAAAAACAGGGACACUUUCAGUGCAGAUUUGCUGCAACUUAUUCACAUAUCGUCAAAUAAGUUUCUCCAAGCUUGUUUCGUCGAGGACAUUGGCAUGGGAUCGGAAACCAGGAAGAGAGCCCCCACAUUAUCGACGCAGUUCAAGAAAUCUUUGGAUUCACUCAUGAAAACUCUAUCUAGCUGCCAACCCUUCUUCAUAAGAUGUAUUAAACCGAACGAAUAUAAAAAACCGAUGAUGUUCGAUCGAGGCCUCUGCUGCCGACAAUUGAGAUACUCCGGCAUGAUGGAGACGAUCAGAAUUCGCCGAGCUGGUUACCCCAUUCGCCAUUCUUUCCCCGAAUUCGUGGAAAGAUAUCGAUUUCUCAUCUCGGGUAUUCCACCCGCGCACAAGGUGGAUUGUCAUACGGCAACUUCAAAGAUCUGCCACGCGGUGUUAGGUCGGUCAGAUUACCAAUUCGGGCACACCAAGGUCUUCCUCAAGGACGCUCAUGAUUUAUUCCUCGAGCAGGAGCGCGAUCGCGUAUUGACGCGGAAGAUCCUGAUACUACAACGCAACAUUCGCGGCUGGGUUUACAGAAGAAGGUUCCUACGGAUGCGGGCGGCAGCGAUGAUCGUGCAGAAGUACUGGCGGGGUUACGCGCAACGUCAGCGAUACAAACGCAUGCGAAUCGGUUACAUGCGGCUGCAGGCGCUCAUCAGAUCGCGCGUGUUGUCGCACAGGUUCAGGCACCUGCGUGGUCACAUAGUCGCGCUUCAGGCACGAGCCAGAGGUCAUCUGGUGCGUAAGAUGUAUCGGAAGAAACUGUGGGCCAUAGUGAAGAUACAGGCACACGUAAGACGACUGAUCGCGCAGAGGCGAUACAAGAAGAUCAAGUAUGAGUAUCGACUGCACGUGGAAGCGCUACGACUCCGAAAGAAGGAAGAACGCGAACUGAAGGAUCAGGGCAAUAAGCGAGCCAAAGAGAUAGCAGAGCAAAACUAUAGGGAGCGUAUGCAGGAAUUGGAACGGAAAGAAAUCGAGAUGGAACUGGAAGAUAAGCGACGAAUGGAAAUUAAGAAGAAUCUUAUUAAUGACGCGGCUAAAAAGCAAGAUGAACCAGUCGAUGAUAGUAAACUAGUAGAAGCCAUGUUUGAUUUCUUGCCGGACUCUAGCAGCGAGGCUCCGACUCCGGCGAGGGAAACGUCCGUGUUUAACGAUCUUCCUGCACCAAAAGCUGAUCAACAGGAGAUAAUCAGUCCGGUUCAGAUGGCUUCGGAAGACGAGGAAGACUUGUCCGAAUUUAAAUUCCAGAAAUUCGCGGCCACGUACUUCCAGGGCAAUAUUACGCAUCAAUACUCGAGAAAGCCAUUGAAGCAUCCACUGUUGCCGUUACACACACAGGGAGAUCAAUUGGCCGCUCAGGCUCUCUGGAUAACUAUACUCCGUUUUACGGGCGAUUUACCCGAGCCGCGAUUCCAUACCAUGGACAGAGAUACGACCUCGGUGAUGUCAAAAGUAACAGCGACGCUUGGACGAAAUUUUAUAAGGAGUAAGGAAUUUCAAGAGGCUCAGAUGAUGGGCAUGGAUCCGGACACUUUCCUCAAGCAAAAACCACGCUCCAUCAGGCAUAAACUGGUCUCGUUAACUCUGAAGAGGAAGAACAAGCUAGGCGAGGACGUGCGAAGGAGACUGCAAGAAGAUGAGUACACUGCCGACAGCUAUCAGUCUUGGUUAGAAGCCAGACCUACAUCGAACCUCGAAAAGCUGCAUUUCAUCAUCGGCCAUGGUAUACUACGCGCUGAAUUGCGAGACGAAAUAUAUUGUCAGAUCUGCAAGCAGCUGACCAAUAAUCCGUCCAAGUCAUCGCAUGCGCGCGGGUGGAUCCUGUUGUCUCUGUGCGUCGGUUGUUUCGCGCCCUCUGAGAAAUUUGUCAACUAUCUACGAGCCUUUAUCCGGGAAGGACCGCCCGGAUACGCGCCUUACUGCGAGGAUCGGCUCAAGAGAACCUUCAACAACGGCACUCGCAAUCAGCCACCGAGUUGGCUGGAGCUUCAAGCGACAAAGUCGAAGAAACCGAUUAUGUUGCCGAUCACUUUUAUGGAUGGUAACACAAAGACUCUAUUGGCCGAUUCGGCUACCACUGCAAGGGAAUUGUGCAAUCAACUAUCCGACAAGAUCUCUCUAAGGGACCAGUUCGGCUUUUCUCUGUACAUCGCCUUGUUUGACAAGGUGUCGUCCUUGGGCAGCGGCGGCGACCACGUGAUGGACGCGAUUUCGCAGUGUGAGCAGUAUGCCAAGGAACAGGGCGCUCAAGAGCGAAACGCGCCAUGGAGAUUGUUCUUCAGGAAAGAGAUCUUCGCACCGUGGCACGAACCAACCGAGGAUCAAGUGGCGACAAACCUGAUCUAUCAGCAAGUAGUGCGCGGUGUCAAGUUCGGCGAGUAUCGAUGCGACAAGGAAGAAGAUCUCGCGAUGAUCGCGGCGCAGCAAUAUUAUAUAGAGUACCACACCGACAUGAACGUCGACAGGCUGUACACUCUUCUACCGAAUUACAUACCGGAUUAUUGCCUGACGGGAAUUGACAAAGCGAUCGAUCGAUGGGGACAUCUUGUUUUGCAGGCGUACAAAAAAAGUUACUACUUGAAAGAAAAAGUACCAGCGUUACGCGUCAAAGAGGACAUAGUCGGCUACGCAAAGUUCAAGUGGCCCUUGCUGUUCUCUCGUUUUUACGAAGCUUACAGAAAUUCGGGCCCGAAUCUUCCGAAAAAUGAUGUUAUUAUAGCUGUCAAUUGGACCGGAGUGUACGUCGUCGACGAUCAGGAGCAGGUGCUCCUAGAGCUAUCCUUCCCCGAAAUUACCACCGUAUCUAGUCAAAAAACGAACAAGAUGUUUACGCAAACAUUCAGUUUGUCGACGGUGCGGGGAGAAGAAUUCACAUUCCAGAGUCCGAACGCGGAAGACAUCCGCGAUUUAGUGGUGUAUUUCCUAGAGGGGCUGAAGAAACGCAGCAAGUUCGUCAUAGCUCUGCAGGAUUACAAGGCGCCGGGCGAGGGCUCGUCGUUCCUGACCUUUCAGAAAGGCGACCUCAUUGUUCUCGAGGACGAGAGCACCGGCGAGACGGUGCUCAAUUCAGGAUGGUGCGUCGGAACCUGCGAAAGAACCGGCGAGAAGGGGGAUUUUCCGGCGGAAACGGUUUAUGUGCUGCCUUCCUUAACGAAACCACCGAACGACAUACUGGCGUUAUUCAGUAUAGAAAGUACAGAGAACAAUCGCAGACUCUAUCCACAGCAAAUGAAUGGCGUUGAUUCUCGCGACAAGCCUCAUACUCUUCUUGAAUAUGCAAUCGAUCACUUCCGGACACCACCAAAGAGGACGAUGUCCAAGACACUAACUUUAACAUCCGCGCGACGUGGUCACACGGACGAGUUAUGGCAUCACUCUAGGGAACCGAUAAAACAACCUCUUUUGAAGAAACUCGUGUCAAAGGAGGAGCUAGCCGAAGAAGCCUGUUUCGCAUUUAAUGCCAUUUUGAAGUACAUGGGUGACUUGCCAACGAAGCGACCACGCGUCGGCAAUGAGUACACGGAUCUCAUCUUCGAUGGGCCAUUGAAGAAUGAAAUUUUACGGGAUGAGAUCUAUUGCCAGAUUAUGAAGCAGCUCACCGAUAACCGCAACAGAAUGAGCGAAGAACGAGGAUGGGAGUUGAUGUGGUUGGCAACCGGAUUAUUUACCUGCAGUCAGAGUCUUUUGAAGGAAUUAACGUUAUUUUUGCGUACAAGACGCCAUCCCAUAUCACAAGACUCUUUGCAGAGACUGCAGAAAACCCUGCGCAACGGCCAACGCAAGUAUCCACCGCAUCAAGUGGAGGUGGAAGCUAUACAGCAUAAAACCACACAAAUAUUCCACAAAGUUUAUUUCCCAGACGACACGGACGAGGCAUUCGAAGUUGACUCGUCUACUAGAGCAAAGGACUUCUGCCAGAACAUCGCGCAGAGACUCAAUCUACGAUCGGCCGAAGGCUUCAGUUUAUUCGUUAAAAUCGCUGACAAAGUUAUUUCUGUCCCAGAAGGCGAUUUCUUCUUUGAUUUCGUACGACACUUGACCGAUUGGAUAAGGAAAGCUAGACCAUCACGAGACGGUGUCUCACCACAAUUUACAUAUCAAGUCUUCUUCAUGAAGAAGCUUUGGACAAAUACAGUUCCCGGAAAGGAUAGAAAUGCCGAUUUAAUCUUCCAUUUCCAUCAAGAACUUCCCAAGUUGCUAAGAGGCUAUCACAAAUGCACGAAGGAAGAAGCGUCGAGAUUGGCAGCCUUAGUAUACAGGGUGCGAUUCGGUGAGAGCAAACAAGAAUUGCAAGCAAUUCCGCAAAUGUUAAGAGAACUUGUACCCGGUGACUUGAUCAAGAUACAGAGCGCUAACGAUUGGAAGAGAUCGAUAAUCGCCGCUUACAACCAAGAUGCUGGCAUGAGUCCGGAAGACGGGAAAAUCACAUUCCUAAAGAUCGUUUAUCGGUGGCCGACGUUCGGUUCCGCCUUCUUCGAGGUGAAACAAAGCACAGAACCGAAUUAUCCCGAAUUAUUAUUAAUUGCCAUCAACAAACAUGGUGUCAGUCUCAUACAUCCUCAGUCGAAGGACAUACUGAUCACACAUCCUUUUACAAGAAUCUCCAACUGGUCGUCCGGCAAUACUUAUUUUCACAUGACGAUAGGAAACCUCGUGCGGGGCUCGAAACUCUUGUGUGAAACCUCGCUGGGUUACAAGAUGGACGAUCUCUUGACUUCCUAUAUCUCGCUGAUGCUCACGAACAUGAACAAGCAACGCACGAUACGAAUCAAAUAAACGAAGCAAUAAUUUCAAGCAGUCUUUCACAAUACGAUUGGAUGUAAGUUAUGUAUUCGACAAGAUGCUCAUCACAGGACGAUAAUUUCCAAUUUGAUCUUUUACGAAUGUGUGUACACGCAUUAACGUAAGAACAAUUCAAUUGUGUCCGUAAUAUCACUGAUCCGUGUGAUAUUGUCUGACGAUUUGACAAAUCUGUUUCUACUCGACAAGAAAUUAUUCAAACUUUUAUUUUAAAUUCGCGUUCUUCACGUUAUAUUAUACAUAACAUAAGUAAUUUUACACAAGUAUCUUUUUGAAAUCAUUAAUAUUAUAAUAGUAUAAUUUAUAUUAUAAAACAUCGAGAUCGUUAUACUUAAUCACUUUUAUGUCUAUCUGUUAAUUUAUGGUUGACGAUAAUCGAUGUAAGGGGAAUAACAACUUAAAUGUAGACAAGUUGUUAGUUGAACGAUUUGUACAUGAUUUACUUACGAUUAGGAUUUUCACCGCAACUUUGUAAAAUAUUAUUCCCUCUAUUAUAUUCUAAAUGUUAUUAGUGGACCUUGUGCUCAGACUCAUGCUAUUGUCUCAAAGCAAUUAUGCACACUCUCGUGCGUUAAUAUAACACGGGCAUAAUAGCGGCUAAGCAUAAUUUUUUCAUGAGAAUAACGCAUUUAUGCAAUGAUUCUGCAAAGGCAAAUCUGGCAAAUCGAAAUGUUAUCUGUCUAUACACGAAUCGAUUAUUUCUUAAGUGACGUAAAAACAAAUUAAAAAACAAUCACGUUGGACGUAAAGAUAUAAAUUAGUGCAAUAUAUCUAAAGGAAAAAGAAAAUGUUUUAAUUUGUUUUAUUAUAUUUUUGUACACCUAUAGAAUAUAAUGUCGAAAUAAACGGUUCGUGUAAAAAUGUAAUUAUUUUUAAUUUGCUUUUAUAAUUGUGAAUAAAGACGAUCAUGUUCUCGACAUA